GUCAUCUAUAAUUACUCGAAAUGUGAACGAGUACCAUUGUUACGUAACAUAACUUCGUUGAGUGCUCGCUUCAUCGACUACAGGUGGGAAUUGUUGCCGGUCUUUCUUGAGAGCUGCCCGAAUCUGAAAUCUGUCUCCUUGGGAUUUUGUAAAUCUCGAGGGGAGCAGCCAGAAAGUAUUUCACUUGGACCUCAUUGCUUCCUACAGAGACUCGAGUAUGUUGAGAUAGUAAAGCCUAUAGUAGAUGACGAGGCGGAGAUGGGAUUGGUUAGUUACUUUCUGGAGAACUCAACAAUCCUUAAGAAACUAACUCUGUUCUUGCAUCCUUCCAGAAAGAAUCAAGAAUCUCUCUUCCUCAGGAAUCUCCUUACAAUCCCAAGACUCUCUAGCUCAUGCCAAGUUGUGGUUUCUGAUUAUCAUUUUUAG